AUGCCGCAGCACAGUAUCCUGCUUCACUUGCUCGCUGGAGGAUGUGGUGGCACAGCUGGAGCCAUCUUGACCUGUCCCCUGGAAGUAGUGAAGACACGUCUGCAGUCAUCCCAGCUGACACUGCGGCCUCUGUGCCUCUCAGAGUUACAGCUGCCAGGGAUGAGUGUGAGGCUGAUGAACAGCACCCCACCAUCUCCUGGAAUGCUCAAGUUACUGAGGGCCAUCCUAGAGAAGGAAGGUGUACGCUCCCUGUUUCGAGGGCUGGGCCCAAACCUUGUUGGAGUUGCUCCUUCCCGGGCUAUAUACUUUGCUGCCUAUUCCGGUGUUAAGGAGAGGCUGAAUGCUGUCCUUGCACCAGAGUCCAAGAAGGUACAUAUGCUGUCAGCAGCCUGUGCAGGCAUUACUUCUGCCACGCUUACCAACCCCAUCUGGUUAGUGAAGACCAGGAUGCAGCUGGAAGGCAGGGUGAAGGGGGAGGUGGCCAGCAGUGCUCUGCAGUGUGCCGUGCGCGUGUACCGCACCGAAGGGCUGCGCGGCUUUUACCGUGGUGUCACUGCCUCCUACGCUGGGGUGUCGGAGACCAUCAUACACUUUGUCAUCUAUGAAGCACUGAAACAGCAGCUGAGGAGCAGCCACCACUCCCUUUCUGCACCGCUCACCCUUGCACCAAACAGCCAGGAUUUCUUUGGACUGAUGGGAGCUGCUGCUGUCUCCAAAACAUGUGCCUCAUGCAUCGCGUAUCCACAUGAGGUGAUUCGGACGCGGCUGCGAGAAGAGGGCUCACGGUACCGCUCCUUUGUGCAGACCCUGCGGCUCGUGGCCCAUGAAGAGGGGCCCUUGGCGUUGUACCGAGGGCUCCUGGCACACUUGGUCCGCCAGAUUCCAAACACAGCUAUCAUGAUGGCUACCUAUGAACUCAUCAUCCAGCUGGCCUCUUCCCCCUUGUAAACCUGCUGUAG